CUCCAGGGUCCGCGCGGCCCAGAAGCCGGUGGCGGGCGCCGCGCACGACUUUCGGUUGGCCAACUCCGCUCUGGGAUCCCCUACCAGAAAGUUCCCGAGAUGAAGGGGGAUCUGGGCGGGGGAGGAUAGAGCCGAGACUAGAGAAUCGAUUGGCGUUUCUGUCCUUCGUCCCCUGACGCCUUCCUGAAGAAUAGGCUGGACCGGCCCCUGGAUCCAAACUCCUGGAGGGUCAGGAGACAAAAUGUCAUCAUAUUUAUUGCCGACAUCCCCGACUCCUGGAGGUGCAGACACAAAAAGGACAGCUCGUGAAUUUAUUAAAGACCAGAGAGAAAUGUUUCUGCUGGAGUAUGCUCUCUCAACCAAAUGAAAUACAAUUAAAAAGUUUGAAAACCGCAUAGCAGUGAAGGAACAGCAACUCAUAAAAGCAGAAAAAAAACUCCCAGAAGAUGUCAUGGCCUUUGAAGAGUUCCUUCAAGAAACUGACCAAAAGUCUGUAGAUGCCCUAAAAAUUGCAGCACGGGAAACUAUAAACAAACUCCAAAUAACUGCAGAGCUAAAGAAAGUGAAUAUGGAGGUGCAGGCAGUGAAAAGUGAGAUCGCAAAAACAAAAGUCCUCCUUAGAAAAUACGUGAAAUAUGGAUUUUUUCUGCUGAAAUUGUCUCCAAAACACUGGCAAAUCCAGCAAGCACAGAAAAGGGCACAGAAGACAAAGAGUAGAGAAAGUAUGAAUGUCACUCUUCCAAUAUUAACAAAAUUAAACACAAGGAAAAAAGAGGGCAAUACUGAGGAUUCCAGGAAGACAUCCUUUUCAGACGACUAUUCUAUGGGAAGAGUUAGCCAAGGAAAACCACGCAGGAAGACCACUUCUACUCUAGAGAAUAAGAAAUCACCCUUAUCAAACUGCCCUGAAAGUAUCGGUUCAGAAGGUUGUUUGGAAUUCUUUUUAGAUGAUGAUAUGGACUAUGAUAUGGAGCCAGAGAUUUAUUUCAAAGAACCAGAAGAGUUACCUCAAGUCCUCACAGAGCAGAAUCUAACGGUACAAUAUUCCCAAGAUGUAGAUGAAAGUUUUGAAGAUAUAAAUAAAAGAGAUCAACUUACAUAGGAUAAAAUAAAUAGCAACAUAGGAUUUCUUUUGAAGCUCAAGGAAAUGCUCCAGACUAACUGUGUGAGAGAAGAAGAAAAAGCUGCAGAACUGGAAUUAAAGUCCAGGCUAUUUAGUUUUGGAGAAUUUAAAUCAGAUACUCAGGAAAAACUGAUAGACUCUCUUAGUAAAAAAAUUAGUCAAGUAUACAAGGUCUGCAUUGGACAUGCUGAUGCUGGCAGUCUCAACCCAGUUCAAAAGCUGGUAAAAGUAGAGUCUCGCCUAAUGGAAUUGAGUGAUCUCAUUGGUUCCAUUCUGAAAGAAAACGUGUAGGCAAUUGAGAGGAUAAAACAAAGAACUGCAGCAAAAGUAUAGUUACGUGAAGAAAAAAUGAAAUAAAGAUAAAGACACCAAGAGGAAAGGCUAAAAGCUGCUCUGGAAAGUGCAGUAGCGCAACCAAAGAAAAAGCUGGGAAGACGACUUAUCUAUCACUCAAAACCUUCAUCUGGUAACAAACAGGAGCUACUUUUAGUCAAGGAUACAAGAGAAAAAUCACCAGAAGAAUAAUAUUUUUUCACUUCAACAGGUGCACUAAGACAUUUACUGUCAGAAUGUUUUAGACAUUUUGUAGAUUUUCAGUAA